CUGUAUAACGGUUUCUUUUUGUUAAUUUUGUGUUUUUUGGGAUGUGUAGAGUCCGUUUUAGAGGUGCAAAUACUUGUUUCUGCAUGUGAUUCCUCAGUUAAAAUAAUUCACAGACCAGUGUAAAAAUGUGUAAAUAAACAAAAACCUGAAAUACUAGUUUAUAAAUACAUAAAUAUUAAUAACCUCGACGUUAAUAAUUGACCCAUACUUAGAUAAGUAAGAUGAUUAUGGUAAACAUACGUGACUGCACGUGAACUAGUUGUCGACUUCAUUCUAAUAAACUAGGGUCACUCCUGCUGCAAAAUGAAAAUAAAAACUAUCGCCAUUUUUUUCUAUUGCAUCCUGCAUUCCCAAAAUCUAGUUUAUGCCAACAAACCCCACAUCAUCGUGAUCAUGGCCGACGAUAUGGGUCACUACGAUGUCGGCUUUCAAGGUUCUAAUCAAAUUCCGACGCCUAAUUUAGACGCUUUAGCUUACAAUGGUAUAAUUUUGAAUAGAUUCUACACCCAGAAUUCUUGCACUCCUUCACGGACGGCCUUCCUGACUGGGAAUUACCCUAUAAGAUCAGGAAUGCAAGGAUACCCACUGAAAGCUGGAGAAAACCGGGCAUUGCCACACGAUAUGCCUACCAUGCCCGAACAAAUGAAAAAAUUAGGUUAUAAAACACAUCUUGUGGGUAAAUGGCACUUGGGGGCAGCGACUAGAAACAAUACACCCACGGGUAGAGGCUUUGACUCCCAUUUUGGGUACUGGCAUGGAUUGAUAGGGUACUUUAACUAUCUGUCUUUUAGACGGGAACAUAAUCACACCUUAACUAGAGGUUUAGAUCUACAUGACAAUUUAAAACCAGUGUGGUCCGGUCAGGGUAAAUACGCAACCAAUUUAUUUACAGAGAGGGCGCUUGAAAUCAUCGAUAAUCACAAUGUAGAGGUACCUUUAUUUCUGAUUUUGUCACACCUGGCACCUCAUGCUGGUAAGGACGGUCUAGAACUAGAAGUACCUAAUGCGACCUUAACCAACCUCAAGUACUCUUACAUCAACGAUCCGAGACGCAGACGGUAUGCAGACAUGGUUAAUUUAAUGGACGAAUCCACCGGUCGCAUCGUCCAGAAAUUAAACCAGAAAAACAUGCUACAAAACUCCAUCGUACUAUUUUUCUCUGAUAACGGUGGACAACCCGUUGGACUGUACCAGAAUUCGGCCUCCAACUGGCCUCUAAGAGGAACAAAAUUUGUCGAUUUUGAAGGCGGCGUGAGAACAGCGGCUGCUAUUUUUAGCCCUUUGUUCAAAAAGCGGGGUUAUGUUAACACACAGUUCUUCCAUUUGACGGACUGGUUGCCGACUUUUUAUUCAGCAGCUGGUGGCAACCUGAAGGACUUAGGUAUGAUAGAUGGUAUCGACCAGUGGAAGGUACUAACCGAGAAUCUAACGUCUAGUCGUACCGAAAUCUUGAUAAAUAUAGACGAGGUUAAAAAUUCUUCUACUAUUAUCGGGAACAACGGGCGGCACAAGUUGAUUCAAGGUACUUUUGGACAUGAUUAUUUUGAUAAGUACUUCGGGAGUAGUGACCAUCAGACACCAGGAACGCCACCUUACAAUCAUGAAAACGUUCUGAAAAGUGUUACCAAUCAGGCUAUCACAAGUGUUGUUGAUGGUACUAUGACACGAGAAAAAAUUGAUGAGCUUCGAUCCCAGACUGACUUAUCCUGGUGCAGGGAUUUUAACAAAACAUUUGAUUUUAAGUGUACAGAUGGGUGUUUGUUUGAUCUGAUUGAUGAUCCAUGUGAAACUACGAAUAUUCUGGAGAAAGAAGUGGAAAUACGAGAAGAGUUAAAACGAAAAUUGGAGAAGUACAGAUUAGUAUUAGUUCCACAAAGGAAUAAAGACUUCGAUUUGAGUUCUGACCCGAUUUUUUAUAAUAACACAUGGUGUACGUGGCUUGACGAUGAUUGGUGUUUUAAGACUACCAAUAUAGAACGUAUAUAUUAGCGAAUUUUGUACAAUAAAAUUAUUUUCUAGUUUGUGUAAA